GCCCUGUACUGCAGUGGCGGUCCUGCUGCAGUACUUCCUGUUGGGGACGUUCACCUGGAACACGCUGUACGCCACAAAUGUCUUCCUGAUGAUCAGAAACAGCCUGACCACCAGCCCGUCACACUUCACAGCCUAUACCGUGGCCAUCGGAUGGGGACUGCCUGCGGUUGUGGUGGCCCUCACCUUAGGAAUUAGUUACAGAGUGGAUGAUCCACUGGGUUACAGGCAGGAGGAAUUUUGCUGGCUUGCUGCCCUCGAUCCAAAGGGGAACUUUGACUUCAAGCUGCCAAUGUUUUGGGGGUUCCUGAUCCCUGUGGCAUUCAUGCUUAUGUUCAACACAGGGAUGUUGGUAUAUUUUGCAGUUACAACGUGCAAGACCAACCCACAUUUAACUAGUACAAGACACACAUCGAUGAAGAAGAAGUUCCUCAGUAGCUUCUCUCUGGCUGUGGUGCUCGGUCUCUCCUGGAUCCUGGGCUAUCUGUUGCUCAUUACACAGAACCAGACCAUGUACACCAUACUCAACAUCUCCUUCUGUGUUCUCACCACCACUCAGGGUUUGCAGAUUUUCAUUUUGUUCACAGCAAGAACAGCAAUUGUCAAGAAAAAGAUGUCAAGUACUUUGAAUUCUGUCUCUAGUGUUGGGAUCCCUCUUCACACUAGGAAGUUCAGUCUAUGGCCAGGCGAGCACAGUGAUAAAGUAGAAUCAUACACACAACAGGACACUGUGUUAUUUCCAACUUGUUCCUCACAGACAUCUAACUGAUGGGCUGCAAGUUCAAACCUAGUUUGUAAAACUUCUCCUCUUGUACUAUAAUAUACAAUAUACUGCACACAAUUUUGUAUCCACGUAGAGUAUAUUUACUGUGAAGACUAAUCCCUCAG